AUGGCAAAGGUAUUCCCAGCGGACAGUCCAUUGUGCAACCUCUUUGGCACUGCGCCAAAGAAGCCGACCCAAAAUGUCUUCGCAGAGCCAGAAUCGCCUCCCAAAACGAUCACAGACUAUCCCCAGCCUCGUGACAGUCCCUACGCCAGUCCUAUCAACUACAUCACAAUUGGCCGCACCACUUACGCUAUACCCGAAUACUACGUCCUCAAAAUCCCCAACUUGAAAUUCGCCUACAUGAAGGAAUUCUCCCUCGAAGAAAUGUACGCCGACAUUGGACAUACAUUUAUUCACUAUCUUUACACUGGGGAAUAUCAAACUCUCGCCGCAUCUCCCAACACCCCUCCCUCCAAAGCCCGAGCUCGGGAAUUCAAACGCAGCGUGUACGCCUUCCACAUGGCUCAGCGACACCAGAUUCAGGGCUUGCUGGACCACGCACAGCGCUACAUGCAUACCUUCGUCGACUCCGUGUCAACACUGGAACUACUCAAGAUUGCACGGGAGGUAUAUGCUACUAUGUUCAGUGGUAGGAAGUGGUUUGAGGACUUCGUGUAUGAUCAACUUGCUGCAGCGUUCAAAGUCGGCGAAGAACAAUUCAGAAAUGAUAUUCUGAAGUAUGGUGUGGGAAGCGAUGCAAAAUUCGAUCAGUCUUUACUGGAUCUCGUCUUGAAGAUCUACUCCGGGAGCAUUGCCAAGUUGACCAAGGCGACUACCAACGGCCCAGCAACCAGCCGUGCUGCCUUCAUGUCCGACGAGGAUGCUUCUACUGAUCAAACAACUCUUGUUUCUGACAGCAAUGACACCAAGAGCGACCCCGAAGUUAGCGUGGAUUGUUCGGAUGACGGUGUCAAUGGUUCUAAACCCGCCGACAUCGUGCCAGAACUACCAGAAGAGAAACCCAAGUCUCCAUCUCCUGCUCCAGCUUCACCUCUCUCGUUCGCCUUCCGGUCGCCGCAGCCAGUGAGGUAUCAAAGCUUUGCACCGGAACCAACUCCAUCAAAGACAGAGCCAAAGUCAGAGCCGGAACCCACACUAAAGGAGACCUUAAAGCCUGCGGCAUCUUCAAAGCCCGUUCCGGAAAAAGCGGCCCCAGUUCAUCCGGAGAAAGCUCCUCAGCCAGAGAAGACGACGCAGCCAGAGAAAGUAACACAGUCAGACGAAGAGAUACAGCCAGAGAAAGCCUCGUUCGAUAAGCCAGAUCAGAAUCCAAAAUUCGAGCCACGGAGCGGAGCGCAAACACCAGAGGAUGCCCCCGGCGACGAUUCGAGCCCCCGCAAGAAGUCAAAAAAGAAGAGGGGAGGCAAGAAGAAAUCCGGGAACUCGAAUACACCGUCGUCCGGCAACCCGAUAGCACCAGCGAACUCUGUUGCUGGCACGCACAAGAAGUGGGAACCGAAGACGGCGCCACAAUCGAUUUCGUUCUUUUAG